AUGAACAAAAUUUUAUCCCCAUUUACUUCAGCAAUGCCCGGUAGUAUCAAUGUACUAGAUAAGGCAAUAAAUUCUGCGGGUCUCACAAUAGGAUUCCUCGUACAUUUCUUGCGCCUGAGCUUGCGCUCCGAUAUCAAGCACGCCGAGGCUUUCUUUAAGACUGCCGGGUGUUGCGUAGAUCCCAACGGACCAGCCGAAGCUGUAGCCUCUGGCCCUGCGUGCCGCGCAUUCCAACCGAGUGCCGCCGAGGCUAGCCGAAGCGGCCCGAGCGUGGUAGUGUUGCCCGCGGCCGACUUCACACCGGAGUAUGCGCGAGCGCGGCGAGAACGUCUCGUUUGUCUGCACACGCUAUCUGUCAACAAACUUCUCCGUCGAAAAUAG